CUGCUGUCUGCCUUCAUUUACACCACUGCUACAUCACAGAUAUGACCAUCAUCUAAUACACCUGCUGAAGAGCUCUUUCUUCCUGGACAAACAUAUGGACACAGUCACAUUCAGGAAGUAUGGGAUCCAGACUGAAACAAAACCCUGAGCGGACCUUCAACUGCUUCUUUGAAGCAACGUGCCCUGUUGCCAGAGACAAAGAUCCAGGUGUACAGUUUCAGUUUCCAGAGGACUUCAGUGAUGAGGAGUCCUGUCAAACAUUGCCCAGGUUCUGCUUCCCAUAUGACAUACAAAGGGUGAGGGAUGGCGUGGCAGUGCAGCACUUUACUUUUGUUCUGACUGACCUUGAGGGAUGCCAGCGCUUUGGCUUCUGUCGUCUCACCAACAGCACACAGACCUGCCUUUGCAUACUCAGUUACCUCCCAUGGUUUGAAGUGUUCUACAAACUUCUCAACAAUUUAGCUGAUUACCUAUCAAAAGGACAGAUCAAGGAGAUGAAAGCGCUGCUGGCUGCACUCUACAUACAGCACAUACCGCUGGCAGCUGGAUCUGUCACUCUGCAGAUGGGAGAGCAACUAUUGGUCAGCACAAAAGUGUCCCAUUCUGUCGGACACACAGAGGGACAAGAAGGGAUUCCAUACUUCAUUGCUCCAGACCCCAGAAGUCUCCCGUCCAUUCCUGAAAAUAGGAACUUGACAGAGCUCAUUGUGGCAGUAGAUGUGGGGAACCUGCUCCAGAUCUAUGCCAGCAUGCUGUUUGAGAGACGCAUCAUCAUCUUUGCUAGCAAACUCAGCACUCUGACAUCUUGCGUGCAUGCACUCAAUGCUGUGUUGUACCCCAUGUACUGGCAACACAUCUUCAUCCCUGUCCUGCCACCACACCUGUUGGACUACUGUUGUGCACCUAUGCCGUACCUAAUAGGAGUCCACACCAGUCUAUCUGAGAGGGUGAGGAGUCGUGGGUUGGAGGAAGUUGUGAUUCUAAACGUGGAUACAAACACACUGGAAACCCCCUUCGAUGACCAUAAGAGGAUACCUUCAGAUGUGUUGUCCGGGCUGAAGGUGUGUUUGAAGCGUCAGGCAGUGUCUCCCGGCUGUGGUGUCUCAAGGGCCUUCCUGAAAGCUCAGGCUCUGCUGUUUGGAGGCUACAGGGACUCGCUGCAGAUCAAUGGGGAGGGUGAAAUGCGGUUCAGUGAGGAGUUGUUUUUAGAUCACAAGUCCCCCACUAUGAGGCAGUUUCUACAGAGUGCUGUUCAUUUACAGUCUUUCAAACAGUUCAUUGAUGGCCGCCUGGAUAUUCUGAAUGCAGGGGAGGAACCAGAUGACCUCUUUGAGGAGGAGAUUGUUAAGUGUGAAACAACAGCAGGAAAAAGCAAAUCUUAUCAACAGCUGGUUGGUAAUUUAAAAAAAGGGGGAGGAGCACUAAUCCUCAACAUGAAGUCGGCCAGAGGUCUUGCAAAGUCUGGUUUUAAGAACCUGCUUAUACACAAGCCCCACAAUGAAGAGCACCGUCUUCACAGAGGUGGAUCAGUGUCACACCGCAGUGCCCAAUCUAACUGCCUCCAGAACCGGCUGCCAAUCACGCAGCACUUUGGAAAGUCACGUCCUCGUCGGCCUAAUUACAAACAUAGCGCUGCCAGAGACGUGGACUACAUGGACACUGGAGAUGCAUGGGACGGAGCUAUGUCUGGGCCUGUGGCAGAGCCUGACUCUGACCGCCAGAGGGAUGAAGAAGAGGAGGAAGAUUCACUGCUGUGUGACCAGGAGGAGAUGGAUCUGCUCGGGGAGAUCUUCGACACACUCAGCACUCGGAGCUCCCACGAACGUGGCCUGCUGUAUGGCACACGCAGCCUGGAUCUGUUUGGACCAGACAGUCAUGACUAUAUUACAAAGCGCGGUCCAGCCAACCCGAGCCAGGAAAGCCUAUGUCUGUCUAUCGGUGGCAGUGGCAGCCUGCACAGCUGGCAUGUAGAAACUACAGAAGAACUGUCAGACCUCACAGAGGACUCUGAUUUGCUGUGCCUGGACACCAGCAUACCGGAGGAGGAGGGACCAAAGAGUUUGCUGGUUGCAUGUGCAAUAGAGGAACAAGAAGAGGGACAGGGGGAUACCAGAGAAAAACAGGAAGAAGUGAAGGUAGCAAUAAAUGGGAACAAAGGAGGAGAAAUAACAGACAAAAAUAACUCUAAGGAAGUAAAGUUAGAGGAAGAGACAAAGAAAGAAGACCCAGAGAAGAGAGUGUGUUUUGGAGAGGGCCCUGUGAUAGAAACAGUUGAGCAGCAAGAGGAUGAAGGGUUGAAAGGAAAGAGAGAAAGUCAGACUAAGGAUGUAGUUGAAGGACAUGAGACAGAAGAAAUAAAGAAAAUACAGAAAAAUGUAGCAAGUGGGGAAGAGGAAAGAGAGAGGCUGGAAGAGCAAAAUGAAGUGGAGACAGACUCAUUAAACAAACUUAUAAAACUAAAUCCCCAGUCUGACCAUCAUCCUGACACUGUGGAAGAACAGCAAGGACAGAAGGAGACACCUAGUGUGGAAACAGAAGCUUCUUCUGGGUCUCAGAGUCUCGCUGCCGACCUGACACCUCCAGCAGGCCAGGAAAAAAAGAGUGAAGCAACAGUGAAGAAAGAAGAGCGGGAAAUGAAACGGACCCCCCCUCCUCCUAAAGUCCUAUCUGCUGUAGCACGCUUCCAGUCUCAGGGACCCAGUCAAGACUUUCAGAUGAAGUCCAGGGCCAAGGGCUUGGCUGAACCUGAGAGACCUUGCAGCGUGUUUCGCAGCAAGGAGAACACACAAACUCACCCAUCAUGUGACUCAAACACCCAAUCAGAUGCCAACAGCUGCUCUAAGGAGCAUGAGGAGGAAGACCCACCCCCAAUUAUCAAAGUGUCUGAACUUAAGAAGAAAUUUGAGGCUUAAUGAGUAGGCCGCAGACUGGCAGGCAGGUUGCCUUACAGAGAUUUAUCAGAUAUUUAAACGGACUCUUGUGUUUCUUCUUAAUUUUCUACACUUGGUGAAUUGCA